CCGGGUCCGACUGGCCGAGCCCCGCGCGCCCCGCCCGCGCCCUGCGCCUCCGCCCGGCCAGCCGGCGGGGAGGGGGCAUGAGCCGGCGCCCGCGCGCCGCCGGGAGCUGCGGGCCGGCCUAGAGCCCCGCGCGGGCCCCGCGCCCGAGCCUAGCCGCCGUCGCUGCCCAGCCGCGGGCGCAUCCGCGGGAGCCGCGAUGCAGCGGCCCGGGGAGCCGGGCGCCGCGCGCUUCGGUCCGCCCGAGGGCUGUGCGGACCAUCGGCCGCACCGCUACCGCAGCUUCAUGAUCGAAGAGAUCCUCACCGAGCCGCCCGGGCCCAAGGGCGCAGCGCCUGCGGCUGCCGCCGCCGCCGCGGGCGAGCUGCUGAAGUUUGGCGUGCAGGCGCUGCUGGCCGCCCGGCCCUUUCACAGCCACCUGGCAGUGCUGAAGGCUGAACAGGCCGCUGUGUUCAAGUUCCCACUGGCGCCGCUCGGUUGUUCCGGGCUGGGCUCGGCGCUGCUGGCCGCGGGGCCUGGGAUGCCCGGCCCUGCAGGCGCCUCGCACCUGCCGCUGGAGCUGCAACUCCGAGGGAAGCUGGAAGCAGCUGGCUCGGGGGAGUCGGGCACGAAAGCCAAGAAAGGACGCCGGAGUCGCACCGUGUUCACGGAGCUGCAGCUGAUGGGCCUGGAGAAGCGCUUCGAGAAGCAGAAGUACCUCUCCACCCCUGACAGAAUAGAUCUAGCUGAGUCCCUGGGCCUGAGCCAAUUGCAGGUGAAGACAUGGUAUCAAAAUCGGAGGAUGAAGUGGAAGAAAAUAGUGCUUCAAGGUGGCGGCCUGGAGUCCCCUACCAAGCCCAAGGGGCGGCCCAAGAAGAACUCCAUCCCCACUAGCGAGCAGCUCACGGAGCAGGAGCGUGCCAAAGAGGCAGAGAAGCCAGCAGAGAUGCCGGGUGAGCCCAGCGACCGGAACUGCGAGGACUGAGCUCCGCCGGGGGUGCGGCGCCAUCGGCGGGAACCCAGGAGCUGGCCCUUCCGCGUCCGUGCCGUUUGCUUUCUAAACGUUUCAUUACUACUUUGAAUGCGGACAAUUAGGGGCCAAACAAGGAAGGACACAAGCCUGGAAGCCAAGCCUAGGUCUCAGCGAGCUCCAGUCUCCUGCCCCCCAGUCUGGGAGAGCCAGCACGGCGGAAGCUUUUGGUCUUCCUCGGAGUUCCGCGGUGCCGGGUGCUCCAUGCGCAUUCACUCCCCGCUCCUUGCCCACACCUUUCUCCGGCCUCCAGCCGGCCUUCUGGGCCCGGACACUGGCAGGCGCACACCCGCUUCCGCGCCUUGGGGACCGAGCCGCCGGGUGCAGGCUUCUACGGCCCUGUCCUGCAGAGUCGGCUCUGGGAAGACCCGGCAAAUCAGCUGAUGCCCGGUCCCGAUGUCGCUGGGUUUCUACCCACCUCUCACGAAGACGGUGACUUUUUUUUUUCCAAUAAAAUAUUUUAUGACACAGCGGGGGUGGGGGCUUGAUGGUGAGCUUCCGAGUCCGUGAGGGAUGGAGGGGAGGUUAGGUGCGGAGGCACUCCACAUCGCAACAUCCUCCGCUCUAUGAAGACACGAGGUGCUCUCCCUGACUGGCCCAAGUACUGCAGCAACUAGGUUGCUUCGGAAUAAAUACUGGGUGUGAGGAGCCAGGGUGGACUCUUCCUUCCCAGCUGUGUUGGGGGGUGGGGGGGGUCACCAUCAGUGAUAACAGUGUCGUCAGUGAUAGCAGUGGGCCACCAACCAGUCCAGAAGUGUCCUUGAGCUCUGAGCCAUUUAAGUUGUUGAUUAGGUCUCCUGGUCCUUAAAAUGUUCCUGGUCAGCUCUUUUGAGGCGAAUGGGAAACCCAGUGUGUCUUAGGUAGUCCUAGUGAGGGGCUAAACUUGGCAGGGCAUGCCUACUGGUGCCUCUCCCGACCAAAAAUGUCUCAGUUGUUUGUCCUUGGGGAGGGAGAUGAGCAUAUACCAUUCCAUCCCUGCAGUGGGGGUAGUGGUGACCACUGCAUGGGAAUGGUUGCUUUACUAGCUAAAGCUCAGAGGCAUGGUACAACUUGACCAUGCAGUUACAGACAGGCUAGCAUUCGAAAGCCAGGUCCUCUCGGGUUCCCCGAAAUGCCAUAGGUUUUGUGGUCUGGCCUUGUUUUUGUUUUUGGCGGUGGUUGUUUUAAAAUGGGUCUCACACUGUACCCUCGCUAUUCUGGAACUUGCUCUGUAGAUUAGGCUGGCCUUGAACUCACAGAGAAUCACCCCCCUCUGCCUCCCAACUGCUGAGAUUAAAAACAUUCAUACCAUGCAUGGCAAGUUUAAGAAUAUGACAGUCACCCGUGUUGGUGACUGUCCUCUUUACUUUUAAAAUUGUGUAUUUUCAAGUAUUUGAGUGUCUCUCUCUGUGUGGCUGGGUGUGCACCUGAGUACAGUUGAAGGCCAAGGACAGCCAGAGGUGUCAGAUUCCCUUGGAGCUGGAGUUAGGGGCAGCUGUGAGCCAAGGGAUGUGGUUGCUGGGAACCAGAACUGGGGGGAGGGUCUUCUGCUAGAACAGUAUUCACGAUCUUAACUGCUGGGCUGCUUCUCCAGCUCCAGGCUUCAUUUCCGACUAGGUGGUCCCUUCCUAGAACCCACUUUGAACAUCCCUGGGAUUUCCAGCCUCAGGCUCUGGAUAGACUAGAACCCACAUUUUCCUAGCGAUUUUUCCUCAGCAUCCCAGUUGUGAUGGCUCUGGAUUCUUAAUUCAGCCUCACCAACAGUUGUGAAAGAAGGAAGAAGGAAUGAUACAACCCUGGCUGCUUGGAAGGGACCGAUCGUGUGUGUGUGUG